AUGGAGCUGGAGGACCAAGAGGGAGACUCCCCGGAGCCUACGGGAGCUGGGGUCCCUAGGGAAGCUGGCAGGGUGGAGGGGCCAGGAGUCUCUGAAGAUGUAGGUGUGGCGAGGGCCUCUGAGGAGGCAAGACAGGUAGAGAGGCCUGACGUCUCCCCGGCUGUAGACACGUUGAGGGUCCCCGAGAGGGCAGUAAGGGUGGGAAGACCUGGAGUCUCCAGGGAGGUAACCAUAGUGAGGGUCUCCGACGAGGACCAGGCGGAAAUCCUGGAGGAGGGACGAGAAAGGAUGGAGCUGCUGAGAAUCCAGGAGGCAGAAAGUUGGGAGGAGUCUGCGCUGUCCGGGGACACCAGCGAAAUGGGGGUCCCUAGGAGCAAAGUGCCAGGAAAGUCGAAAGGGAAGCAGAGGAAUCGCCAGCGUGAGCCGGAGGAGCAGCAGCAGGGUCAAGAAUGCUUCUCGGGGCUGGCUAGCCAGCAUGAGGAGCGGUACUUAGAGCCCUACAUGGAGGGGACAGUGCGGCGCUAUCGCUCACGGACCGUGAAGCACAAGGGCUUAGAGGCCAGUCGGCUGGGCCGCCGCCUCUGCAAGAGUCAGGGCAAGUACAGCCUGGAGAGGAAGCCCAGCCAGAGGAACCAAGCUGAAUCUUUGGCUUCCGGCCGCUCGUCCUUGGCAUAUCGCAUAUCCUUGCCUCUGACUCCUCGCUCGUCCCUGGCUGCUCGCUUGUCUCUAGCUACGCAGAAGUCUACCAAGCUGUCCCUGGAUCCCCGGGUGUCACACUUUUCUAGCACCCUGAAGGGGGAAAGCUCCAGCUGGAUACGGGAGCCACAGCUGGAAUACCGUCGGCAGACCAUCCGCUUCAGCGUCUGCCCCAGGUCGCCUCGCCGCCUGUCGCAGCGGUCUGCCACCCCCUGCGUCUCGCUCAUCAGUGCCUUGAACGAGCUGGCAAAGAUGGGUGACCCGGACCUGCUGGAGAUGGUGGAGGAGGAAGGCUUAAGAGCCAAAGAAAUAGACAAUGCUCUCCAAAUGACUGAGAGUCAGUGCGCCAGAGACACCAGAUUCCUAGUCUUUAAAGAGCAGCAGUUAUCGCCUGAGAAGCGAUUCAAUUUGUUCCUGAGGAGGCGUCUUAUGUUCCAGAGAAGUGAACAAAGCAAAGAUUCCAUCUUCUUCCGAGACGGAAUUAGACAGAUCGACUUUGUCCUUUCCUAUGUGGAAGAUAUGAAGAAAGACUCAGAACUAAAGACCGAAAGAAGACGUGAGUUUGAGCUAAAUCUCAGAAAAACAGGUCUGGAGUUGGAAAUCGAAGACAAAAUGAACUCUGAAGAUGGGAAAACCUUUUUUGUGAAGAUCCAUGCCCCAUGGGAGGUCCUGGUCACCUAUGCUGAAGUGCUGGGAAUCAAGAUGCCUAUUAAGUUGAGUGACACCUCGCAGCCAAAGUACCCACCCCUGAGUUGCAUGCUUGGGCCUGUGAAGCUGCCAGCCACUGUGAAGUACCCUCACCCUGAGUAUUUCACUGCCCAGUUCACCAGACAUCGCCAGGAGCUCUUCCUCAUCGAAGACGAGGCCACUUUCUUUCCAUCCUCAGCGAGAAACAGAAUCGUUUACUAUAUUCUGUCCCGAUGCCCGUUUGGAGUAGAAGAGGGGAAGAAGAAGAUUGGGAUCGAAAGACUGCUAAACUCCAACACUUACUUAUCCGCCUACCCACUCCAUGAUGGCCAGUAUUGGAAGCCAUCAAAAACUCCUACUCACAUCAAUGAGAGGUACGUCCUUUGCCAGAACUGGGCUCGGUUUUCCUACUUUUACAAGGAACAACCUUUAGAUUUGAUUCGGAAUUACUAUGGAGAAAAAAUCGGAAUCUAUUUUGUAUUUCUUGGGUAUUACACAGAAAUGCUGCUGGUUGCGGCUCUGGUUGGCUUAGCCUGCUUCUUCUAUGGCUUGUUGUCGAUGGAAAAUAAUCAAACUAGCACUGAAAUCUGUGACCCUAACAUCGGAGGUCAGAUGAUCAUGUGUCCACUUUGUGAUGAGGUGUGCGAUUACUGGAGACUGAACACCACGUGCUUGCAUUCAAAGUUCUCCCAUCUGUUUGAUAAUGAGUCAACCGUGUUCUUUGCGAUCUUCAUGGGGAUCUGGGUCACGCUGUUUCUGGAGUUCUGGAAACAGCGACAAGCCAGGCUUGAGUAUGAGUGGGACCUCGUGGACUUUGAAGAAGAACAGCAGCAGCUCCAGCUGCGGCCUGAGUUUGAAGCCAUGUGUAAACGGAAGAAGAUGAAUCCUGUGACGAAGGAGAUGGAGCCACAUAUGCCUCUGUGCCAUCGCAUCCCUUGGUACUUUGUGUCAGGGACCACAGUGACCUUUGGGAUGGCUCUCCUCCUCAGCAGCAUGGUGUCCGUUAUUGUGUAUCGCCUGUCAGUCUUUGCCACUUUUGCCAGCUUCAUGGAGAGUGAGGCCACCCUGCAGAAUGUAAAGAGCUUCUUCACCCCCCAGCUGGCCACCAAUCUCUCUGGAUCAUGUCUGAACUGCAUCGUCAUCUUGAUCUUGAACUUUUUUUAUGAGAAGAUAUCUGCCUGGAUUACAAAAAUGGAGAUCCCUCGAACUUACCAGGAGUAUGAGAGCAGCCUCACUCUGAAGAUGUUUCUCUUCCAGUUUGUGAAUUAUUACUCAGCCUGCUUUUACGUGGCCUUCUUUAAAGGGAAGUUUGUGGGCUACCCUGGGAAGUACACAUACAUAUUUAACUUAUGGAGAAGUGAAGAGUGUGAUCCUGCAGGUUGUCUGGUAGAACUGACAACCCAGCUAACCAUCAUCAUGAUUGGGAAACAGCUUUUUGGAAACAUCCAUGAAGCCUGUCAACCCUUAAUUUUUAAUUGGUGGAGACGCCGAAGAUCCCGAACCAACUCUGAGAAAUUAUACAGUCGCUGGGAGCAAGAUAAUGACCUUCAGGUUUUUGGACAACUUGGGCUGUUCUACGAGUACUUGGAAACAGUCAUCCAGUUUGGGUUUGUCACGCUGUUUGUGGCCUCCUUCCCUUUGGCGCCCCUGUUCGCUCUCAUAAACAACAUUAUGGAGAUCCGAGUGGACGCCUGGAAGCUGACAACUCAGUACAGGAGGCCUGUGGCUGCCAAAGCCCACUCCAUAGGUGUCUGGCAGGACAUUCUCUAUGGGAUGGCCAUCGUGUCUGUUGCAAGUAAUGCUUUCAUUGUCGCGUUCACAUCUGACAUCAUCCCACGGUUAGUUUACUUCUAUGCCUACUCAAAGAAUUCCACGGAGCCUCUGAGUGGAUAUGUCAAUAACAGCCUGUCAGUGUUCCUGAUAGCUGACUUCCCCAACCACACAGCGCCCUUGGGGAAGAGAGACUUCACCACUUGCAGGUACAGAGAUUACAGGAACCCUCCCGAUCAUGAGAACAAGUAUGUCCAUAACAUGCAGUUCUGGCAUGUCCUUGCUGCCAAGAUGACCUUCAUCAUAGUAAUGGAACACAUUGUGUUUCUGUUUAAAUUUUUAUUGGCCUGGAUGAUACCAGAUGUUCCAAAGGACGUCGUAGAGAAAAUCAAACGAGAAAAGCUAAUGACUGUCAAAAUUAUUCAUGACUUCGAGCUCAACAAGUUGAAAGAAAACUUGGAUUUUGAAUAUGGGAACAUCAUUAGGAGUGACCUAGAGGAAGACAGCAGAUCCCUGAGGGACAAAACCAUCAUCUAAUCCGCACAGAAGGCGAGAAGCUCUGUGCCUCUCUCUGUCCACUGUUGCCUCCGGGUUUCUGACUGGAUGCUAGAAUCCAUAUAUCCAUUUGUUUUUCUUUCUUUCCUUUAUUUUUAACUCCAAGUCUUUAUGCAUAUUGAUAGAGGCUGGCAUCAGAAGAGAACACAGGCGGGAACCAUCCACUGGGCUGUCCCAGGGUGUGACUUGCGGGGUCCUGUAAACAGUUGCAGGAGGUGCUGGUGGAUUCAGAAUCUGGGAAAUCAUGGAGUGUUGCUACUUAGAGUGAAACCCUGGCCUGGGGGAUGCUCUGUGACUUCCCAGGGCAACUGCACAUCUCUACUGUCUCCUGUUGAGUGUCCCCCAUCUCCCUCCCAACAAGAAACGGGUCAUAUCAAAAAGAGCUAGCAAAGAGACCCACCAUUUCAUAGAACAUCUGCCAUUGUAAAACUUACAAAUGAAAAGACAAUGUCAGAUGUCUUGAGAAAUUUCACCUAUUGACAAAUGCUGGUUAAAAAUUACAGCAGGAGUGUGCUCUUGACAAUGCAGGUGAAAGUUGGCUUCUGACAGAAUACCAGAUAGCCUUUCCUGGUAAAGGUAGGAUCAAAUUUUCCUUGAGACUAAAAGAUGUUUCAUCAGAGAAUCAGAGACUUUUAAAGGUAGCAUUUCUAUUUUGUUGACUAACUUCAACCCCAUGGUGUCAGGUGACUGCAAGUUUCCAAGUGAAAGUACUAUGUGGAGCCAAUGUGUCUACUUAGAAACUAAAGAAUGCAAGACAGUGCAUAGGCAUUAACUUAUUCAAUGAUAAAGUGAACUUUUACAUUUUCUGAAAUGCUGAUUUUUGCAUCAUGAAGCCUUUUCGAGCUCUAGAAACUUGUAUAAGUUGGGCACAAACCGUUUACAGAAUGUGAUCUCUUUGCUCUAAAGAAACUCCAAACCUUGUAAUAAGUUUACAAUCUUUUCAUGGGCUACAUCACCCCUACAAUGCCCAGUGCCUUCUUUCUAUCUAUGCCUUUAACACAUGAGAAAUUGUCUAGGUGAUUGUUAAUUUGAUAUGGUAGAAUAUUUCAGACGUCAGUCUUAGAGAAACUGUCAGUGUUGUGAGCACAGAGUUUAUCACCAAAAAUAAUCAACCAAGCGAGAAGGUGAAAAUUCGGUGGAAGAAAAAAGUAUAUCUGUUGAAGUAUCCCAUCCACAUUUAUCCGAUGUGGAUAUAUAGCAAUUCUUGUCAUUGGUUCAGUUAAUACAAUAUCACAUAUGUACCCAUAUGUAACCUAUCACUAGAGUGGGAGAUAUGGUCUAACUGUAGAGUACUCAAAUCUUUAGGUUUAAAUAGAAUUCAGCUACAAAAAUAUUUUUAAAUCAUAUACAUAUAAAGAAACUUGAUCACAAGAUUUUUAAAAGCAGUGUUCUCUUAAAAUAACAGAGUCCUACAGCAUAGCUGAUAUUACAGUAUUAACUAACUACUGAUAGAUACUAAGUAUCUAAAAUUAGGGAUUAUGGAUUUUAUAAAAAUGACAGAAGAGUUAGCACAUCACAUUAUUGGCAAUAUUGAUUUGUUACAUAGUAGGUAGAUUACAUGUUUGGGUCACUGAAACUGAUUUCAUAAUUGAAAGAUAGUUUCCUAUGUGGAGAUGGUGAACUUAAGAAAACCUGUCCUUUAGGGCAUGAUCAAGCCACAGCUGUGGUUCUUGUAAACUGUCAGAUUAUGCUGUCACCACGGUGCUCUUCACACGUAGCUCUCAUUGUCUUCUUCACGGUGCUAAUUUUUUUAAAAUGGGCGAGGGAAUUACAGUUUUUUUGGAAAUACACUUCAGUUUUGUGACUUUAGAGUAUUAUGGAGCUAGACUGCCAGAUAAGGACAGAGCUGACUUGAAAAGCUGCCAUUACACUGCAGGUUCAAAACCAACUCAAGCUCUGAGUGUCUAAAGUAAUUGAAGAAAUUAACAAAACUGGAAUUUCUUCUAUGACAAGUGCUUCUUAGUAUUUACCGGUGUUUUCACUUCAUCUCUGCCUUGUAAUUUUCCACUGAGCACUUUCCUCUUGUUUCAUGUUUUACCCUGAGAUGCUAGAGUCACCUUCUGGAAGGCCCGUUAGCUAAAAUCAAGUGGAGUUUGUUUAGGAAGACUUGCCUCAUUUCACCAGCACACUGGUUGCUGUGAGAACACUGAACUAAAAGCAACUGACCACAGUGUGGCUGUGAUGAUGUUUUUAUUCUUUAGUCAAACAAGUAGUUUACUAUUUUUCACUGAUAUUCCAGGGAACAUUUGGGAUCUUAUGUGAAAAUAAGAUCUCUAGGUGCCAAAGACCCAAACCGCACAACUCGUUUCAAAGAUCCUUUGCAAUCAUCAUCUCCAUUGUUUGUUUUCACACAGAAAGCAAAACACUUCAAAUGACUGACAUUAAGUGAAAGAUGUCUUAAUUGUGCAGCGUUUCUGGACGACUGGGUUUCACCCUUUUGUUGUUGUUGUUAAGCGGAAAGAGACAGCUGCUUCCUCUGGAUUCUUUGGGGUACGGCUGGGGGUAGGAAGAUGCAAAUCUCUUCUAAGUGCUAAUUGCUAAGGGUGAGAGAAUAUAUCUGGAGAAACUUCAGGUUGACAGUUAUUGUGCUUGCAAAGUGUGUUUGUAGGGUCAGGUACUGUGAACAAUCAUUGACCCUGCUCUCCAGUAAUAAUAAUACUGGUCAUUCAAAACUAUAACCUAUUGCUUUGGAGAAACCUCUCAUAGUUAUUAUGUAAUUGAAUGAUGCCAUGAAGGAAAACAUUGCAUUGCCAGGCUUUGGACUCUGCCACAAAGAAUCAAUAGAACUAUCGUGUUACUGUUCUUGCAAUUUUAAUCUACUUUUCUGUGUAGUAAUUAAAGUAUGUCAGUUAUUUCA